AUGGACUUCCUCCCCCUCCCACAGCUCCCGGCAGCGCCUCGACAACAAUCAAGCCUCACUCCUCACUCUCGCCAUUUCCACUCCUUCCGCCACCCCCUCUUUAUUAAGCAUCCCUCGCCCAUCACCCAUAUCCAUUUCUGCCCUACACGGCCACACCGCUACGCAGUCAGCUCAGCUACGAGAGUUCUCGUCUAUGCGCCAAAAACAGGCAAGGUCGUCAAGACCAUCUCGAGGUUCAAGGAUACGGCUCGCGGGGCAGAGUUCAGGAAGGAUGGAAAGCUUGUGGUAGCGGGAGGGGACGACGGUGUCGUGCAGGUGUUUGACGUAUCGAGUAGAGCUAUCCUGAGGACAAUGAGCGAGCAUAAUCAAUCCGUUCACGUCACCCACUUCUCCCCACAUUCACCACAAAUCGUCUCUGCCUCGGACGACCAAAGCAUCAAGCUAUGGGACCUCUCGACUCAAGCCUGCCUUACUACCCUCACAUCACAUACGGACUAUGUCCGCUCCGCUCUCUUCCACCCUACCAAUCCAUCACUCCUCCUUUCCGGCGGGUACGACUCGACGUUCCGGGUACACGAUGUCCGCCUGCCCCCAGAUACCGCCAAUACCAUCACCAUGCGGCAUGGCGGUGCACCUAUAGAGGACAUCCUGGCGUUCCCGAGCGGAGGCGUCGGUAUCUCGGUCGGAGGGCCAAUACUGAGAGUCUGGGAUCUGAACAUGGGCAAGUGCGUGCGGGCACUGAGCAAUCAUCAAAAGACGGUCACCUGCGCUGCGUUUGACGGGAGCAAGGGGCGGGUCUUGACGGGUGGCUUGGAUAUGAUGGUCAAGGUGUAUGAUGUGGAGGAGUGGAAGGUGGUCCACACUAUGCGGUACCCGGCGCCAAUCCUCAGCUUGGCGGUAUCGCCCGACGACACCCACAUCGCCGCAGGAAUGACCGACGGGACCCUUGCCGUCCGGCGCCGCGACCCCAAAGCAAACGAAGAGGCCGCAGCCGAGGCAAAACAAGCAGCCCUCGCUGGCGGAGCAUACGAGUACUUUGCAGAGAUGGAGACGGUAUUCGGGACGGGGCACGUCAAGGCCAAGGGGAAGGACCUACCGGUGGCGCAAGGACCAGCAGACGAAUUUAGGGUGGAGAGUAAGCGCAAAGUCAAGCUCAGGGAGUUUGACCGGUUCUUGAAGGCGUUCAAGUAUGGUGCCGCGCUCGAUGCGGGGUUGAAGAAGACCGUCCGACCGAGCACGACCUUUGCUCUGAUUCAAGAGCUGGUCUUCCGGGAUGCGCUCAGAGUGGCUCUGUCGAGCCGAGACGAAACCUCGCUUGAGCCCAUCCUCUCGUUCUUGGUGAAGUACGUGACGGAUCCACGGUUCGGCGAGAUUGCCUCCAAUGUCGUCAGCGUCAUAAUAGAUCUGUAUACGCCGAUACUGGGCCAGACACCCGGGGUCGACGAGCUCCUCGGCAAGAUGCAGACGAGGAUAGAGAGGGAGUUGGCGUUUGAGAGGGAGUUGGUCAAGCUGCGGGGGGCGCUGGAUAUGACGUUGUCGCAGGCGGCAAUGACGCAGGUGAUGGCGGCUUGA